AUGGCUCGCGGUGAGAACGACAAGGAAAACGGCGCAGAGAGAGUCGAGCAAGCACCUAGCAAAGAACAGAUAGAGACAGAAACUCAAAAGAGGGCAGCGCACUGGCCUGCCCUAAGGGGGGCCCCCUUCACUGGUGCAGCCUCUCCUCUCAGCACAUUUCCUCUUCUACACUGUCUGUACACUGACUGCAACAGGACAACCUGCGGGGUAGCUGGUGCUCCGGCGGGGUGCUCAUUUCAUUUUCAAGCUGCGACGACCUCGGGAUCUGCAGCAGCGCCAGAAGAGGCCAUAGGGGCUUCAGCAGAGGAGCAACAGCACCAGCAGCAGCACAGUGUACAGAAAAACAAGAGGGAUGAAAUUGCGUUGAGGUUUCCGCUGUCGCUUGAACAGCGUUGGGACGAAGUAUACUGCAGCGAUCUGUGCCUGCAGUUAGAUCGCCUCAUUCUAUCGUGUGCUUCAGCAGAGGAAGUGCUAAGAAUUGUUGCAAGUCAUAGAGGGGCUUUCUUUGUCAAAAAUCUCGUUUCUGCGCUCAAACAUCUUGCGGCGCUGGCCCUACAGCCCAACAGCAGCACGAGCGCAUGUAGCUCGGAUAAACAGCAGGGGCACAGCAGCAGCACAGAACCAGCUGCUGCUCCUCCUGCUUCUCCUUUUUCGCAGCUCUCAUUCCAGCUUCCUUCUCCUCCUACCUGGCCGCAAGAGCCGUAUCUGCUCUUGAUACAAGACCUUCGCCAUCAUCGGAGUGUACUGACGUUUGCUGCUGCUGCUGAUGUCGUUUUGUCUCUACGGGCCCUCAACCAUCCGCAUUAUCCGCUUUUGUCCGCGCUGCUGCCUGCCUUAAAAACAAUACCUAUACCAUCGCUGCCUCCACACGCCCUCCAGCAGCAGCAGGAGCAGCAUGAGCAGCAGCAGCAGCAUGAGCAGCAGCAGCAGCAUGAGCUGCAGCAGCAGCGUGAGCUGCAGCAGCAGCAUGAGCAGCAGCAGCAGUAUGAGCAGCAGCAGCGGCACGAACUGCAGCAGCAGCAUGAGCUGCAGCAGCUGGAGUUCCAGCAUCGACUGCUGCUGCAGCAGCUGGAGCUGGCCUUGUCGGUUGCAGAAGCUUACGUAGGCUUUGGGUAUAAGGAGACUCCUCUCUUUGAAGGAGUUGAGAGAUAUUUGCUCUUAGCAGCAAGACGCAUUUUGCGUUUUAACGCACCAGACAGCCAGACAUCGACGAACAGCAACACCCUAACAACCGCAGCAACAGCAGCAGCGGGGCCAGCAGCAGCAGCAGCAGUAACAGAUGGGGAAGGAGGUGUGGCUGCUGCAAAUUUAAAGUCUCCCGGGUUUGCAUGCGGUGCCGCUGGGGGAUUCUCUUUUUCGUUUUUUCCCUUUAAGCUGUUGUGCAGCGCUUUAUUUGUUUUUUCUCGUGUGGCGCGGAAGAACGACGAGGUGUUUAAGGCUUUGUGUCUGCAGGCAGCAGCAAACAUGCCAGUUGCUGCAGCAGGAGAAGUCGCAGCUGUAGCAGAAUUUGCUGCUGCUGGGGCUCCACUUGCUGCCGAGGUACAUGCCUGCAUGCAUGCAGCUGCGGGGGAGUUACUGCGGCGGCCCUCUCGUUUUUCCUUGAAAGAUAUGUGCACUUGCUUCGCAGCCUUUAGGCAGUGCUUGCUGCAUUUUCCUGGUGCUGCUGCUGCUGCUGCUGCGCGAGCAGCAGCACACCUCUCGCUCGCAGCAACGGUGAAGCAGCGGGCUGUCAUUACACCCGAUGACAUUUGCGGGUUGCUCUUCAGCAUUUGUUUCUUCGCAACAGACACCUCAAGCGUGCAUGCACCACGUGCAAUGCAUGUGAUGCAAGACAGCAGCAACACCAAAGACAACAGGGCUGCCCUUCUCUCUGCUGCUGUUAAAUACCUGGAGGAUUACAUCGACUGCAUUUCGCCUCAGGCGUCUAUCGACGCCCUGCUCGCAAUCAGCUCAUCACCAGGUGCACCUGCGAAGCAUUCAUAUUUACUACGGUUUUUAAUUCGCAAGGUCGGUCAGGGUACAUCCUGGGAGCGACGACGGCCUGAGGUGUUCUUGUUGUUUAUGUGCCAGCAUCUUUUAUUCCCUCCUCUUGAUUAUCAGAUGCCUCUGCGGUGUAUACACGAAGGUUUGCGUGCCUGGUGUAUAUCCCGCGGGGGAUUUUCCGUGGAGUUUCGAGAGGAGGUAAUGUCGGUCUCUGCUCUCCUGACGUCUUUGGGUGUUUUGCACAAGAGAGCUGUGAAUAUCAACAACAGUCCGCUUCCAAUCGAUAUUCUCAUUCCUGCAGCGGAUGGAUCGCUAUCAGCGUUGAUAGUGACGCAGGAAUGUGCAAGAAAUACGAUGGAGUUGUGUGGCGGCAGUCUGCUGCUGUCUGUACACCUCAAAUCUCUAGGCGUUGCAAGGGUCUUGGGCAUUAGCCGCAAUAAAUGGAGACGCGCAGAUGCAGAAGAGCAGAAGAACAUUAUUCGAAACAGACUCGAGGCGCUAGAACACCUCCGGAUACAGCAGCUGCAGCAGCAGCAGCAGCAACAGCAGCAGCAGCAACAGCAGCAACAGCAGCAGCAACAGCAGCAACAGCAGCAGCAACAGGAGCAGAAGCAACUGCACCACUAG